AUGAGUAAGGCUACAUGUUCAUUUGAUAGCUGUCACAGUGAAGUUAUUGCGAUCAAGGAUGAUAACAUAAUAAACCUGCCAGAGCAGGUGUAUAGCGAAUUCAAGUUACUGGAAAAUAGAACUACGCGAGAUAUCCCCCCUAACGAGAGCAAGUUCUUGGUUGUUUCUGAUGUCUGGGACUUCGAUAAUGUUGGUGUAUCUAGAGAAAUCCCUUCUUCUCUCUUAGGGGAUUUGGGCGAUAAGAACGAGUUUGUUUUUGAGUAUGGUAAUUCCAACUGGAAGAUUAAAAAGUGUUUAAAGUACUUGAUAUGUGCUGAUUGUGAUAAGGGUCCUAUUGGUAUAAUAUGUCAGGUACAAGACCAGGAAAACGAUGAAGAAAGAGUUUUGCAUCUACUAAGCCUGCGUAGCCUCCAGAUUAUGGGGUGA